GCGGCUGCCUCGUCGGCUUCAGCUACGGCGAGUGCAGAUGCCCUCAAUAGUCUUCGGCAUUGGAGUGCUGCGGUGCGUGAUGCCCUGUUUGCCGCUCGAUUGGCCGCGAGAUCUUCAGAGCUGCUCUCAGAACGACAGGUGACGCACGCGGUGGACUUCCUGAACGAACACUUCGAGCGUUCGGACGAGCAGCGGUGCCUGGUGAUCUGGAUGCUUCAGAACCCUGACAGUGUAUUGGGUGGUGGAGAAGGCGGCGGUCUUUACCUCGAGUUGCAGGAGUCG